GGCUACAAAAUGAAAAGUGCAAAAAGUCUCACCAUACGGAAUCAUCGCGAAUUUCUAGUUUCUCCCCUCUCGUAAAACCCUAGCAAACAAAAAAACCAAAAAUGGCUUGGCGCAAUGCAGGAUCCGCUGCCCGUUCCUUCGCCGCCGCCACCGCAAGAGCACCGUCUCUCCGUUCUCCUACGGCGGCGCUUCCUCGCCUCCGUCCUUCCCCAUCCUCUUCACCCGGCCGUCGCUUCUCCUUUUCAUCGCCUUCUAGGAAUCUGGGAGCGCUUGGUUGCACGCAGUCUUUCUUGCCUCUGUACAGUGUUGUGGCUGCUUCUCAGCUCACCUCUCAUCACAAUGUUAAUUUGCGUGCUUUCUGCGAGCUGACAAACGGUACCUUCCGACGCACUUGUCAAGAUCGCUAAUUGUCCUCUUUGUACUUGAAGAGGCAUAGGAGCGUAUUAUGCAACAGUGUAUGCAUCAGUUACUUUGAAGGGGGUGUGAGAGAUCCAAGGAUUGGGUUACCUCAGAAAAACUUAAAUCAUUCUGUUACUUUUCGGUUCCAUAUUGUGUGGGAUCCCUUUGAUUUUUAAUAGCUGUAGAGCUUUUCGUUUGCUUAGCACAAUAUUUUACCCCUCCUAGAACUUUUUGUUUUGUUUUUGAAAGAUGAAUAAAGUUCUGAAACUACUUGGCAUUGUUUAAAUAAAGUGUAUUGGAUUACAACUAAAAUCAAUGUUAUUCAUAAUUCUUGUUCCUAA